UCACUUUUUUAUUGAACAUUAAACAUCUGUACUUUUUCAAAAAUGAACAUACUCCUUUCAAACUACUUAAUACAAGCCAAUUAAUUUGCAGGUGAAACCCUACCUUAUUUCCAUUCAUUUUAGAUUGAUAUCAUUCAACUCAUAAAAAAGAGACUUGACUUACAUAGCUGACAAAUAAAACAAAUCAGAGGAGAUAUCAUUGACCCAGACCAGAGAAAAGCAAAUAGGCUAUGUUGAUUUCACGUUCGACUCCUCCCGCAAGAAAAAUAGUAGGCGGGGCUUUGUACCUAAGCAGAUGGGCUGAGAGCAUUGUCUUCAAUCUGUCAGUGUUACACCUCUGCUGAGAGACAUAUGCCGAAGAUUUUCCUGCUUUUCUAGACGCAGAGGAAGAUUGUCAGAAGAAGACAUCGUCAGGUUUUUAUGCAAAAACGUUUGUACUGUCGAGGAUUCCCGUUGUUUCAAUGCACUCGGUCACCCUGUUGCUGGAGAGACGGCGGAACUGAAUCGGUCUAUACUCUCGUCUCGUAAACCGAUUUGUCACUGGCUGGCGAAGGGGACAUGAAUAUCGGAGAAUUUCUCUGUUGACGGCCAUCAAAAGAGAGACACUGGUGACAUCAUACCCCAAAUCACGCAGUAGGACAGGACACAGGCGAAGGGAGAGACAUUAUUCUGUAGUGUAUUUCGACGAAUCCUGCAGCAAUGCCGGGGUUUGAUUACAAGUUUCUGGAGAAACCGAAGAGACGUUUUCAAUGUCCAUUAUGCAGUAAAGCCAUGCGCGAGCCUGUUCAAGUUUCUACGUGUGGCCACCGAUUUUGUGACACCUGUCUACAAGAAUUCUUAAGUGAGGGGGUCUUCAAGUGCCCAGAGGACCAGCUGCCCCUGGACUAUGCCAAGAUCUACCCUGACCCAGAGCUAGAGCAGCAGAUCCUGGCUCUACCCAUCCGCUGCAUCCACAGUGAGGAGGGCUGUCGCUGGACAGGACAGAUGAUGCAGCUCCAGGGCCACUUCUCCACCUGCGCCUUCAAUGUGAUCCCCUGCCCCAACCGCUGCUCCAUCAAGCUGACGCGCCGUGACCUGCCCGACCACCUGCAGCACGACUGCCCCAAGCGCAAGGUCAAGUGCGAGUUCUGCGGCAACGAGUUCACCGGGGAGGCCUAUGAGAACCACCAGGGUAUUUGUCCCCAGGAGAGUGUGUACUGUGAGAAUAAGUGUGGUGCGCGGAUGAUGCGUCGGCUCCUGUCCCAGCACAGUCUGGCUGAGUGUCCCAAACGCACGCAGCCCUGCAAGUACUGUGGCAAGGAGUUUGUCUUCGACACCAUCCAGAACCAUCAGUACCACUGCCCUCGGUUUCCAGUUGCAUGCCCAAACCAGUGUGGGACCCCCAACAUUGCCCGGGAGGACUUGGCCAAUCACGUGAAGGAGAACUGUGGCAGUGCCCUCAUCCUCUGCCCCUUCAAAGAUGCUGGCUGCAAACACAGGUGCCCAAAACUAGCGAUCGGUCGUCACCUGGAGGACACCACCAAGUCCCACCUGACCAUGAUGUGCAGCCUGGUGGGGCGCCAGCGGCAGGAGAUCCUGGAGCUGCGGAGGGAGAUGGAGGAGCUAUCAGUCAGCAACGAUGGAGUGCUCAUCUGGAAGCUCAGCGACUACUCCCGGAAACUCCAGGAGGCCAAGCUCCGGAACAACCAUGAGUUCUUCAGCCCGCCCUUCUAUACCCAUCGCUAUGGCUACAAGUUGCAGGUGUCUGCGUUUCUUAAUGGUAAUGGCAGUGGGGAGGGCUCGCACCUGUCCAUCUACAUCCGGGUACUGCCAGGGGAGUACGACAACCUGCUUGAAUGGCCCUUCUCCUACAAGGUGACCUUCUCCAUCAUGGACCAGAGCGACCCGUCGCUGUCCAAGCCCCAACACAUUACAGAGACCUUCAAUCCUGACCCCAACUGGAAGAACUUCCAGAAACCAUGCAGCACCCGCAACUCGCUGGACGAGAGCACCCUGGGCUUCGGCUACCCCAAGUUCAUCUCCCACGAAGAGAUCAAGAAGAGGAACUAUGUCAGAGACAACUCAAUCUUCCUCAAGGCUUCCAUAGAGAUCCCCCAGAAAAUUAUGGCCUGAGGGAGAGCUGGUUUUUGGUUUAUCGGAAGGGAAAGGAGGGUGAAAGACAGGCUUGAGACUGAUAUGACACUUACCUUGAGAACUUCACCACACUUAUCCUUUAGACACUGAAUAACUGUCCAAAUCCAUACAGCCACUCCACUGCAGGACUUAGAGCUGCUAGUCUGUUGGGUUGUGUUGGAGGACCCCACUAUAUUUAAAUGAAGGAGAAUUCCAAGUGUUUGGUAUGCAGAAACCAUCACUUUCUGAUUCUUAUUUUUAAGUGUUUGUUUUCUAAAAAUGUUCUUCUCUAUCUGCAACAGAAAGCCUUGGAAAUCAACAGUGCCUAGAGUUUAUUUUAAGUUGUGUUUUGUUGUUUUUCUGCAGCGCAGGUAAAUAUUAAGGAAGGAUAGAGCGACGUUCUGGAGGUGGAAGGCGUCCUUAAGCCUAGUGUUUUCGGCUCUGGUUUGAACCAUCGUAUCUGGUCACGAGCGGUCUAUAGAAUAGAGCAAACCUCAGGCUAUUGGAAGGAGCUCAUCACACUCUCAAACCCAACUGCCUUCUGUUUACAUGCUCUAACAGUAUCUCCCACUGAUCCCUUAACAAAUGCAAAGCUCUUGGUUAGCGAAUUUGAGAUUGCUGUUAAGCUUAUUGUCAGCAAACAAUAUUACAGCUGUGAAUUAUGUUUGUUUCUUCUUGUCAUUGUUCCAUCACUCGCUGUCUACAGUUCGUCAUUUGGCCAUUGCUUAUGAAUGAGAGGGUCAUGAUCUUUAGACAAAAAACAAGUAUCCUUUGUCACAGGCAGAUUUAUAGGCCUCUGAAAGACAUCUCCUGUGGAGUCCUGAGAGGAUAGAUACAGUAGAUGGUUUCCGUCUGCGUUGUUGGUCAAAGGUGCUAAUUAACGUAUGACGGUCUUUGAAUGUGUAGAACCGAAUCGAAUCCACUCAGUCUUGUCAAGAGGCGAUAUGGUACAUGUGUACUUAAGUGUGAAGGGAAAGCCAUGACGGCUGGGUGUUCGUUGGUAGGCAGGUAGGCACGUAGGUAGGGGAGCGAUGAGCUCGAAGACAUCAACAGAAAAACAUGCAUGUUUCAUUGAUAUUCAACGUGGACCACAUUUUUGUACCGUAACCUGUAUUCUUGAAAUCUUCUCCCCCGAUACUGAGGGCUUUUUUUGCAGUGGAGGACCUGUUAAAUGGAACCAAAUUCUUUUUGUAUUUGCAAAAUAUGAGCAACAUUUGUUGAUAAUAUGUCAUAGACCGAAAGACAUUGGAGUGAAUUAGCUUAACGGAGGUCUGUGAACUGAAGUGCAUUGUUUUUAAGUCAGCCCAGGCGGGAAUGGGGGCUGUUUAAAAUAUGGUUUAUGCCUUGGUUCCCACCUGAGAAUGACGUGUGGGUACCUCAGGACAGACUGCAUCUCAAUGGUGUGGCGCUGCUGGUUACCAUGGCCACCAGUGUGCAUCUUCAUCUCAGCACAUAAGCUGGUCACGAGGAGAGGUUGAAGAGGAGCAGCCAUGUGCAAUACACCAGUCAGAGGCUCCAUCAGACCAGUAACACCCUCAGUGGAGGACUUGAUCAAACAUUCAUGACAUGAUGUGAAUAAUACUGAUGUAAAAAAUGCAGAAGCCCAUUCUGUCAUUUUUUUUCUACAUUAAAAUUCCUGGUUUCUUGCUAUAAUUACCAGCCAAUAUUUUACAGUGAUUUUAAAGAACUAAAAAAAAUAACGUUUUGUAAGGUUAUGUAUUUUGCGAAGUACUUAAAUGUUUUAUACAACUUUUUGUUGGCGAGUCGGGGUUGAGCUUAGGAAUUUUAUGGACACUUAAAAAAAAAAAGUUGAAUCUCUUCUGAAUCUGAAUAAUGGUUUUGUUUGGUUUGGAUCUCAUAUUCUGUCUGUAUUACUUUGUCUUUAAAAUGAAUUAUUUUAAAGAGCAUCACUUAAGCUUGAUUGACUAGAUGGCAAAGAUGUUUUAAUAUGUUGAGUGCUUCUCAAUUUCUCUUUUAAAAUAAAAUACCCUCUUACAUCUUG